CGUUUUUGAUGAUUCCUUCCCAAAACUUUUUCUUCUUCUUCUUCUUCUUUCCUCCACCGAUCAAUCCACCAUUGUUUCCAAAUUUAUUCUGAUUCUGUAAAAAUUUCAUAUUUAAAAAUGACGGAGCGAGGAGCUAUGGUGGUAUCAUCUUCUACCUCUUACCUUCCUUUCCGAUGUCCUCAACAAACAAGAAAGGAUUUUGCUUUCUUCGCCCCGAGUAAGAAGAAGCUAAACACUAAUCGUCAAUUGGUAAAGCUUCCGUUUUGUCCGGAAGUAACGGCGGCGAAAUGCAAUAUGUUUGAUUACGCGGAAACUGGUGAGAGUUUCGUCGGUGAUAAGCAGUUCGUGCGGUGGUUUCGUGAAGCUUGGCCUUAUCUAUGGGCUCAUCGUGGCUGUACCUUUGUUGUUACUAUCUCCGGAGAUGUCUUAGACGGCCCUUAUUGUGAUCUCGUUUUAAAGGACAUAGCAUUUCUUCAUCACUUGGGCAUAAGGUUUGUUCUAGUUCCUGGAACUCAAGUGCAAAUUGACCAGCUUCUAGCUGAGAGAGGACGCGAGCCAACAUAUGUGGGUCGUUACAGAGUUACAGACUCAGCAUCUCUGCAGGCUGCCAAGGAAGCUGCGGGAGCAAUAUCUGUAAUGAUUGAGGCCAAACUAUCUCCUGGACCUUCCAUUUACAAUAUACGCCGACAUGGUGAUAGUAGUCGUUUGCAUGAAACGGGUGUUAGGGUCGACACUGGUAACUUCUUUGCAGCAAAGAGAAGAGGUGUUGUUGAUGGUGUUGAUUUUGGAGCUACUGGUUUAGUGAAGAAGAUAGAUGUUGAUCGGAUUCGUGAGAGGCUUGAUAGUGGUUCUGUAGUUUUACUGAGGAACUUGGGCCAUUCCAGUUCCGGAGAAGUCUUAAACUGCAAUACCUAUGAGGUUGCUACAGCUUGUGCUUUAGCUAUAGGAGCAGAUAAGCUUAUUUGUAUAAUGGACGGUCCAGUUCUGGAUGAGAAUGGACAUCUUGUUCGCUUCUUGACUCUCCAGGAAGCAGAUACGUUAGUCAGAAAACGGGCACAACAAAGCGAGAUAGCUGCCAAAUACGUGAAGGCUGUUGGGGAUGGAGGGAUAAGUAGUUUUCCUGAACCUCUUGGUUACAAUGGAAUGGCCACAACUCCCAACAAUUAUAAUGGGAGACCAUUUUGGGAAAAACACACUCCAACCUUUCAGAAUGGUGUUGGAUUUGACAACGGAAACGGGUUGUGGUCUGGGGAGCGAGGUUUUGCUAUUGGCGGUGAGGAGAGACUUAGCCGCUUAAACGGAUAUCUCUCUGAACUGGCUGCAGCAGCGUUCGUCUGCAGAGGUGGUGUCAAAAGAGUUCACUUAUUGGAUGGUACUAUAAGCGGAGUGCUAUUGUUGGAGCUUUUCAAAAGAGAUGGAAUGGGGACUAUGGUGGCAAGUGAUGUAUACGAAGGAACCCAAGAAGCGAGAGUGGAAGAUCUUACUGGAAUUAGGAAAAUAAUCAAACCUCUGGAAGAAUCAGGGGCUUUAAUUCGCAGAACUGAUGAAGAGCUACUGCGAGCUAUGGAUUCAUUUGUGGUUGUGGAAAGGGAAGGACAGAUUAUUGCUUGUGCGGCUUUGUUCCCUUUCUUUAAAGAAAAGUGUGGAGAAGUUGCAGCUAUUGCGGUUUCAUCAGAUUGUCGUGGACAAGGACAGGGAGAUAAAUUGCUCGAUUACAUUGAGAAAAAAGCGUCAGCUCUCGGACUUGAGAUGCUUUUUCUGCUAACAACGAGAACAGCUGACUGGUUUGUGAGACGCGGGUUUCAGGAGUGUUCAAUCGAGAUGAUACCAGAGGCAAGACGAGAAAGAAUUAAUCUUUCAAGGAAAUCGAAGUAUUACAUGAAGAAGUUAUUGCCAGACAGGAGUGGGAUCUCUGUUGUUCGUACAUUUCAGUUUGGCCCUUGAGAGUGUCUGAGAAGAAUGUAAUUGACACAGAAAAAUUUCGCUGAAUGUCUAAGAUUCUGUCGAGUUUUCAAUGAAUCAACAAUAUUUCCAGAAUCAGCGAACCGGGUCAUAAGACUGCACCCUUGCUGGUGUGUAUCGCAUGGGCAAAUGUAAAAUUGAGCGGUCAAAACCAGUUUGCAAAUGUUAUGGAUGUAAAAAAUGUAUACUCGACUGAUCCUAGUUGUAGCAAUAUUAUUAUUCACUAGGAUAGUAUCUGCGCUACGCCGUGGGUUUUUCUUGUUUUGUUUUUAUGAAAAUCAUUAUUGACAUAGAUGUGGACAAUGUUCAUUAGUAAUA